AUGCUCUCCACGAUUCCACAUCAAAUCAUCACUCAGCAAGCGGAGAACACCACUGUAACUUGGCCUGUCAUCCCCACUGCAUUGAGGAGUAAGAGGAGGAACUACAACAGGCAAAUGCGGAGAACACUGCGGAGAAACCAAGCGGCAACAAGGCCACCAUCGUCAAGAACACGGCUCAGCUCUCCAAGAUCCCACGUCAUAUGCUCUCCACGGUUCCACAUCAAAUCAUCACUCAGCAAGCGGAGAACACCACUGCAACUUGGCCGUUCCAUAUCAAAUCAUCACUCAGCAAGCGGAGAACACCACUGCAACUUAGCCUAUUAUCCCCACUACAUUGAGGAGCAAGAGAAGGAACUACAACAGGCAAAUGCGGAGAACACUGCGGAGAAACCAAGCGGCAACAAGGCCCCCAGCACCAAGAACACGGCUCAGCUCUCCAAGAUCCCACGUCAUAUGCUCUCCACGGUUCCACAUCAAAUCAUCACUCAGCAAGCGGAGAACACCACUACAACUUGGCCUGUCAUCCCCACUGCAUUAAUAUGGUACAUCACUAUAAUAACGUCACAAGAGGAGGAUCUACUAUCACAGUCAAUUGGGCCUCUACAGAAGGAACAUCGGACGAUACAUAUUUGGACGAAUUGA